AGUUUUUCCUAAACAAGAUAUCGUGGAAUCCAUACAUCGGUUUACUAAGAGUAGUGUAGCCGUCUAGCAUCCUUGCUGUCCCCCCUUCCCUGCCGUCCGAGUGAUAAGGAUGUGUACCAAAAGUUUAUCGUGCAUUCUGUGUGGACAACCCAACUUUCCCAAUGUUGAUGCGCUACGAGUUAGUCUACUGAAAGUGACGGCACGUCCUUUGAAGUGUCCUAUCUGUGGUGAUGAGCUACUCGGUUUGGAUAAGCUCACCAUACAUCUCUUCGGACACUCGCUGCUAGAGGAUCCGAAUGAAUCGUCCGAUCGAAACGCGCAGAAAGAAGAAACCAUGCCGAUAGCAGAAUCAGGGAAAAGUACUCGUAAAUUACGCAAAAAGAGUUUACAAACAGACAAUGCGUGCCGUGCAUCAUCCUAUGAGAGUGACUUUCAGAUGCUCAAAAUGUCAUCAGACGCUGAAAAUAGUUUGGGUCCGUCGAAAAUUCGUUGUUCCGACUGUGACGUCGAGUUCCGCAAUGAAACGUUGCUCAAGAUGCAUCGCGAGGUAUUCCACAACGGUACCACAGAUUCACAGGCUCCGCCGCCAAAAGGGUUGACCGGACAGCAGCAGCAGCAGCAGUUUUAUUGUCAUAUCUGCCCCAAACGGUUUAAAAUGAAGGGAUCGCUCAAGAUCCAUAUGCGCGUGGUGCACGAGGAAGGCUCAAAGAAGCUUUGUCUGACCCAGAAUCGUACUACGACCGUUGCAACAUCCUUGGUUGCUACAGCGUCAGGACCUUCCUCGAUGAUAGCGGGUGAAACGGAUGGAUGUCCCACGAUGGCGUCCAUCCAACCGCAACAACCAACGCAACCGAGCAUAAACUUUUUUCAACUUCCGACUAGCACCAUAAAUAAUCUUCCGGAAUCCCAUCUGAUUCAAAUCAUCGAUCCACGACAGUUGGCCCAGGUUGUCUAUCUUACUCCAACCAUAACUGAUCAAACUCUCUGCGAGGAUCCACCCAAUUCCGUUGCACAAGUUCAACCUGGGUCGGAUGCUGCGCCAUCAGGACGACCGAUAAGGGGCGAAAGUAUUUCUUUACCAUCGUCACCACAACAGCACACCCAUGAUUCAAAUCCGAAGCAGUGGGAAUGUGAUGUCUGCCAUAAAUCCUUCACAACCAAAUACUUUCUUAAGAAACACAAUCGUUUGCAUACCGGAGAAAUGCCUUACACAUGUGGAAUCUGCAACAAGUCCUUCACGUUCCAGCAAUCCUAUCACAAACACCUUCUGUACCAUAGCGAUGAGAAGCCUCAUGCCUGCACCGUGUGUGGCCGUGCCUUCAAGGAAUUAUCAACUUUGCACAACCACGAAAGAAUACAUUCCGGAGAGAAGCCUUUCGCUUGUGAAACUUGCGGAAAACGCUUUCGCCAGCGGGUUUCUUGUCUUAUUCAUCAAAGAAUACAUAGUGGUAUCAUGCCUUAUUACUGUACCGGAUGUGAUAAACGGUUUCGCUAUAAAGUCUCUCAACGCACGCACAAAUGUGUAAAUCCGCCAGGGACAGUCGUUCGGAAAACGGGUGAAUUGCUCCAGAAACUACUUCAAUCAUCGUCCAUCCCCUUGCCGGCAGAUACCUCAGCAACACCACAACAGCAAGGAGAAACGGUAUUCGCGAAUCCUUCCGAUCCGUUCUGCGCCACGGGACAGGACCAGAUGGCAGAGGAUGCCAGGCAAACGGCGGAAUAUGUAAACCGAACACUGGAUGAGCUAGUCAAAGGAACGUACAAUAAGCUAGAUGUUAGUCCAACCACACUGUUCGAGCAACAGCAGCAGCCACAGAUUUACGGGGACCUGCAAUCGACUCGUCUGCAACAGCAACCAUCUGUUUCGACCGAAAGCAACUUCCCGCGAAUCGAAAAUUUGUGUCUUCUCUCGCCGAAUGCCUUCGAUGGUGGGCAGCUUGAAGAUUUGGAAGGUUUGAAGCUAGAUAAUGGGUGGUAAGAGUAAGGGCACAUGCUGAAUAACAAGUAUUUUCU